CCGCGCUUCUACCGCGCCGGAGUGAAUGGGGAAAUGAAUGCGACAUUGCAGAGCGCAUCUGUGCGCCUGAUAGACCCGCACAUGCGCUGCGCACUGCAGUCCACCCGCGGGCACACACCUGCCACAGAUUCUCUCAUCAUCAUCAGCUUCUGCUGUUCCCAUCACCCAUGUCGAGCCUUCUCAAAAGCUGCCUUAUACCGCGGCGUGCCGCGGUGGCUCAAUCAUUCCGCCACGCCCCCUCUUCUUCGACGCGAUGGCACGCGCCCUCGAGACUCCCGACCCGCUCGCCGUCGCCAUCGAGCCGCCGCCGAACGAGACCCCCGCGGAGCGAUGGGCUAGGGAGCAGCGCGAGGCCGCGGCGCGCAGGAUCAGUGAGCAGAUUGACGAGCAGAUACGGGCGGAGAAACUAGCCAUGAAGAAACGCAGGCCGCCGAUGCGGCUCCUGCUGCUCGGCCAGAGCGAAAGUGGCAAAUCCACGACGGUGAAGAACUUCCAGCUCGCGUACGCCUACGAUGCGUUCCUGGCCGAGCGCGCUGCCUGGCGUGCAGUCAUCCACCUCAACCUUAUCCGCUCCGUCAACAACAUUAUCGAGAUCCUCUGGAAAGAGAUCUCUGCGAACAGCCCUCCGACCGACGCGCCCGCGCGUCCCUACACCCCCAUGACAGAGCUGCACGGCGCCCUUGACGCAGACUCGGACGACGAGUCAGAAGAACCGGAGCCCUCCGGCGACCCCUCCGCGUGCCCCCUGACGGAGUUCCACCGCGAGCUCAUGCUCCGGCUCUCACCCCUGCGCCAGGUACAGCGCGACCUCGAGCGCAGCCUCGGCGCCGCAUCUUCCGAGGAACAGCCCGCGAGCUCAGGCGGCGCAGCCCCGUGGAGUCUCGGGGGCGGUGGCUGGCGCGCGCGCGAGUUCUCCGUCACGAGCCGCAGCGGGUGGAAGGGCGCGCUCGGGCGCAUCCGCGAGGUGGGCCGCAAGUCCAUCGACUCGACCAUCGGACGGCACGAGAGGCGGUCGGAAGCGUCCUCGCCGGAGGGCCGUGUGUCUUCCCCUGCCCCUGCACUGGCAAAGACAGGCGGCCGGCGGCCUUCCGUCGCGGCGAGAGUCUCGUUGCCCGAGCGCGCCGUCGAGAAGAUGGAAGACGCGGACAUUGAGGACGCGGCGGAAGUUAUUGCUUCCUGCGCGGAGGAUAUGUCCGCACUGUGGCAGGACCCCGCCGUCAGAACGGUUCUCAGCAUGCGGGGCAUGCGCCCCGAAGAGGGGCCCGGGUUCUUCCUGAACGACGCCGCCCGGGUCGCAGCUCGCGGGUACCAGCCAUCGGACGACGAUGUCGUUCGCGCACGACUGCGAACUAUGGGUGUGCAGGAGCACCGCAUAACGUUCGAGAAAGGAUCAGAUGCGGGGAGCGAGUGGCUGAUUUACGAUGUCGGCGGUGCGCGGUCGUUGAGGAACGCAUGGUACCCCUACUUUGACAAUAUCAACGCGAUCAUCUUCCUUGCGCCGAUCAGCUGCUUCGACGAGCGGCUCGCGGAAGACCGGCGGGUGAACCGUCUCCAGGACAGCUUGCUGCUCUGGAAGGCCGUCUGUUCGACAAACCUUCUCGCUGGAGUGCAGCUAAUAUUGUUCUUAAACAAGUGCGACUUGCUGGAGAAGAAGCUCUCCCGCGGGGUGCGCGUCGUUGACUACGUGCCUACGUAUGGAAGCAAGCCGAACGACCUCGAGAGCGUAACGCGCUACUUCCGCUCGCAGUUCAAGGACAUCUCUGCACGACAUUCACCGAAACCGCGCGUCUUCUAUUCGUUUCUCACGUCUGUAGUGGACACGAAGGCGACGCGCAUCACGGUUGCUGCAGUGCGCGAGGGCAUCCAACGAAGCAAUCUUCAAACCGCUGUCUUCCUUUGACAGAGCCAUGGCGCAUUCUGCAUGCAGGAUUACAGGUGCCAGGCGCGUCUGACAGGCUACCUUGAUUUAUUUUUCAUCUUAUUCGAUUGUACCGUCCCCACCGCAAGAGUUGCACUCAUAUCCGACGCCCCCUUCUCUGCGACACUGUUGUAUUGCUGCCGUGUUCAUUUGUUGCCCUCUACACCCUCAAUUUUUAGUUGUGUAGCUCGGCAUCCGGGUCUGUUUCGAUUACACACACAUCGUGUACUACCUUGUAU